AACUGGGCCCAUUAAGUUGAAAGCCCAAUCGAAAACCCUAAUAUGCGUCAGUAUCGAGAGCGGUCAUAGUUGCGGCUUCACACACAUCUUGUUCGGCAUCCCAUUGCCAUUCGAAUACCAUUUUACAUUUAUCCCAAAAUCGAAUUGCACCAAAGAACUUUCUUUUGACGAACGAACGAUGUCUUCAAGAUUUUGGACCCAGGGUGACAGUGAUUCGGAGGAGGAGCAGAGUGAUUACGAUGAAGAGAUUGAAACCACAGCUGUUGAUUCUGCUGCCACUGCAGCCAAUAAAAGCAAUUACUACCUGCAGAGUGGUAAUGCAACUGAUAGUGAUGACGAGGAUGGCCAAAAGCGUGUUGUUAAGUCAGCAAAAGAUAAGCGUUUUGAUGAGAUGGUUUCCACUGUGGAUCAGAUGAAGAAUGCCAUUAAGAUCAACGACUGGGUCAGUUUGCAAGAGAGUUUUGACAAGAUCAACAAACAGCUUGAGAAAGUCAUGCGUGUUAUUGAGUCCGAAAAGGUCCCUAAUCUUUAUAUUAAGGCUCUUGUAAUGCUUGAAGAUUUCUUAACACAGGCUUUGGCAAACAAGGAUGCCAAAAAGAAGAUGAGUAGCAGCAAUGCCAAAGCCUUCAACUCAAUGAAGCAGAAAUUGAAGAAGAAUAACAAGCAAUAUGAGGAGUUGAUCAAUAAAUGCAGGGAGAAUCCUGAGAGUGAAGGGGAAAAGGAGGACGAUGAGGAGUCUGAUGAAGAAUAUGAGAGUGAUGAUGAGAUUAUUGAUCCAGAUCAGCUAAGGAAGCAGGAACCAAAAUCUGAUUCUGAAGCUUCUCAGUAUGAAGAUGAGAAGCCUGAUGCUGAUGGUGAAGGGCCUUGGGACCAAAAGCUUAGCAAGAAAGAUAGGCUUUUGGAGCGACAGUUCAUGAAAGACCCUAGUGAGAUCACAUGGGAUACUGUUAACAAGAAGUUCAAAGAGGUUGUGGCAGCUAGGGGUAGGAAGGGUACCGGAAGGUUUGAACAAGUUGAACAGCUUACCUUCUUAACUAAAGUGGCUAAAACACCUGCACAGAAGCUGGAAAUUCUUUUCAGUGUGGUUUCUGCUCAGUUUGAUGUCAAUCCAGGGCUCAGUGGGCAUAUGCCCAUUAAUGUGUGGAAAAAAUGUGUGCAGAAUAUGUUGGUCAUUCUCGAUAUUCUAGUUCAGCACCCUAACAUAAAGGUCGAUGAUUCCGUGGAGCCUGAUGAGAAUGAAACCAAGAAAGGUGUUGAUUUUGACGGACCCAUUCGUGUCUGGGGCAACUUAGUUGCUUUCUUAGAAAAAAUAGAUGCUGAGUUUUUCAAGAGCUUGCAGUGCAUAGAUCCUCACACACGUGAGUAUGUUGAGAGGCUUAGGGAUGAGCCCAUGUUUUUUGUUCUUGCACAGAAUGUCCAGGAAUAUCUUGAAAGGAGUGGAGAUUUCAAAGCUUCUUCUAAGGUGGCCUUGAAGAGGGUUGAGCUCAUUUACUACAAACCACAAGAGGUUUAUGAGGCAAUGAAAAAAUUGGCUGAGCUGACAGAAGAUGGUGAUAAUGAAGGGGAGGCCGGUGAGGACUCAAAAGGUUUUCAGGAUACAAGAAUUCCCACUGCAUUUGUUGUUACCCCAGAGCUUGUGGCACGAAAACCCACCUUCCCUGAGAAUAGCAGGACCUUAAUGGAUAUAUUAGUAUCACUAAUAUACAAAUACGGAGACGAGCGCACCAAAGCGCGUGCAAUGCUUUGUGAUAUAUAUCACCAUGCUCUUCUUAAUGAGUUCACGGUAUCCCGUGAUCUGUUGCUUAUGAGUCAUUUACAAGAAAAUGUUCACCACAUGGACAUUUCAACUCAGAUACUUUUUAACAGGGCUAUGUCACAGUUAGGUCUAUGUGCUUUUCGGGUUGGGCUGGUUUCUGAAGCACAUGGCUGUCUAUCUGAACUUUACUCUGGUGGAAGGGUGAAAGAAUUGCUUGCACAGGGAGUUUCACAGAGUCGAUAUCAUGAAAAGACACCAGAACAGGAAAGGUUGGAAAGAAGACGGCAGAUGCCAUAUCACAUGCAUAUAAAUCUUGAGCUCCUGGAAUCAGUGCAUCUUAUAUCUGCUAUGCUGCUGGAAGUUCCUAAUAUGGCAGCCAAUGUUCAUGAUGCAAAGCGUAAGAUCAUUAGUAAGAAUUUCCGUCGCUUGCUGGAGAUCAGUGAGAAACAAACAUUCACUGGUCCUCCUGAAAAUGUUCGGGAUCAUGUUAUGGCUGCCACGAGGGCUCUUAGUAAAGGAGACUUCAACAAGGCUUUUGACAUUAUUGCAUCUCUUGAUGUAUGGAAAUUUGUGAAAAAUCGAGAUGCCGUGCUAGAAAUGCUGAAGGACAAAAUCAAGGAGGAGGCACUUAGGACAUACCUAUUUACCUUCUCUUCAUCGUAUGAUUCUUUAAGCUUGGAUCAGCUCACGAAUUUUUUCGACCUCUCUCUUCCUCGCGUUCACAGUAUUGUCAGUAGGAUGAUGGUCAAUGAGGAGCUUCACGCCAGCUGGGACCAGCCAACUGGGUGCAUUGUUUUCAGAAAUGUUGAGCAUUCUAGGGUGCAGGCAUUGGCAUUCCAGUUGACAGAGAAGUUAUCUAUCCUGGCAGAAAGCAAUGAAAGAGCUACAGAAGCAAGGAUUGGGGGCGGUGGGUUGGAUCUGCCUCCAAGGCGCAGAGAUGGCCAGGAUUAUGCUGCUGCAGCUGCAGGUGGUGGUAGUGGAGCAUUAUCUUCAGGUGGAAGGUGGCAAGACUUGUCUUAUUCUCAAACAAGGCAAGGCGGUGGACGUGGAGGUUAUGGUGGAAGGGCAUUGUCAUUUGGUCAAGCUGGCGGCUAUUCAAGGGGACGAGGUACUGGUGGGAGUGGCUAUCAAAGUUCAGGGAGGACUCAAGGAGGUUCGGCACUUAGGGGACCCCACGGAGAUGUUUCUACCCGCAUGGUUAGUCUUAGGGGAGUUCGUGCUUAGUGUUUGUUGCAUUUAUUUACUCUAUGUACUAACUAUUGUUACAACACAUUCUGUUUUUAUUUUUUGUCCCGCUUAUUAUGCACUUCAUCUUGAGUUCUGAUGAGAAUUUUAUGGGGAUUUUAUUUACAUACAUGUUCUCAAUUUCCUCCCAUUGUUUUUUCGAGGUGACGAUGUUUACUCGGCUUUUUGGCGACGAUAAAUAAUUGAACUAAUGGUAAUGUAACUUGAUAUUA